AUGGCGAUGGAGAUUAGUAAGGUUACACUGGAGAUAUUUUCGAAGCUUGAGAAGCAAUGGUUGUUUCACUGUGAAGGCAGUAAGAAGACACGAGUGCUCAGCAUUGAUGGUGGUGGAACUACCGGCAUCGUCUCAGGAGCCUCCUUGAUCCACCUCGAAGACCAGAUCCAGGCCAAAACGGGAGAUUCUAACGCUCGAAUAGUCGAUUUCUUUGACAUUAUAGCUGGAACUGGAAUUGGAGCUCUUCUCGCUGUAAUGCUGAACGCUGACGACGGUAAUGGCCGUCCGCUGUUUACCGCCAGAGACGCGGUUAAGUUUGUGAGCGAUAGGCAAACGGAACUGUACAAAGUGAAAAAUGUAGGCAUUUUUCGCCGGAGACGGUUGUUUUCCGGUAAGAGCAUGGAUAAGGUUUUGAAGGAGGUUUUAACCAGAGACGACGGCAAGGUGUUGACUCUUAAGGACACAUGUAAGCCUCUUCUUGUACCGUGUUUUGAUCUCAAUAGCUCCGCGCCGUUUGUUUUCUCUCGAGCCGACGCCUCCCAAUCGGCUAGCUACGACUUUGAGCUCUGGAAAGUUUGCCGUGCCACGUCCGCUGAUCCGUCCAUGCUCAAGCCGUUUCCGCUAACUUCCGUUGAUGGAAAAACCUCUUGCUUAGGUGUAGAUGGCGGUUUAGUCAUGAACAAUCCUACCGCCAUCGCCGUUACUCAUGCCUUGCACAACAAGCGCGAUUUCCCGUCGCUUACCGGCGUCGAAGACCUUGUAGUUAUUUCCAUGGGUAACGGUCCAUUAAGCACUACGUCGCAACGGAAACUUGAUCGUCACGGCCAAUGCCUGUCGUCAUCCGUCGUAGACAUUGUUCUCGCCGGUGUAUCGGACACCGUUGACCAAAUGUUAGGUAACGCAUUCUGCUGGAACCAUACGGAUUACGUCAGAAUUCAGGCCAACUGUUACACGAAGGGAACUGUGGGACCGACAAUGGAGGAGGUGUUGAUGGAGAGAGGAGUUGAAUCAUUGCCGUUUGGCGCUAAACGGUUACUAACGGAGACUAACGGACAGAGAAUCGAAGGCUUUGUACAACGACUUGUAGCUUCCCGAAGGAGUAGCUUGCCGCCUAGUCCUUGUAAGGAUGCCGCCGUUACUCCGCUGGUUCACGGCCGGUAGGUUUUCCGUUUGUUAGUCUCAACCCAUCUCGGGUUUUAUUUUAACUAUCUCAGUUACGGUGCUCAAUAAAUUCUCGUCUGUCGUUAUC